CUUUUAACAAAUACUAUGACCCUAAGAAAUUACAAUUAGCACCGGAAUAUACCAGAAUUUAGUAUUCAAGUGCUAAUUCUUACUUGAGAUUAAAACAUGUAAUCAGCCAUUUAUCAUUCUCUCUCCUAAAAAACCUAUCUUUUGCAUACCAUAUUCUUACAAUUUGCUAGUGUUUCUCUGAGUUCAUCGAUUCUUGUUGUUUUCAUUGUUAAUGGGGUCCAUGUUUGGCGACUGGCCUUCACACGACCCUCACAACUUCAGCCAACUUCGCCCUUCCGAUCCUUCAAAUCCCUCUAAAUUGACGCCUGCCACCUACCAUCCCACUCACAGUCGUACUCUUCCACCUCCUGAUCAAGUUAUCUGUACAGAAAGCAAAAAUAUUCUAAUCAGACACUUCUAUAAGCAUGCGGAGGAGAAGCUGAGACCCAAGAGAGCUGCUUCAGAACACCUUGCGCCUGAGAAUGGAGCCAAGCAUCUGAGAGCAUCUUCCUCAGGAACUCCUCUAUAAGCUAUUGCCAGAUGAAGCAUUUUGAUCAUGUUAAUAAAGUCAUGUACAUAAUUUUUAUAAAACAAUGAUGUUGUAGAUGUGAUAGUUAUAUUCCAGACUGUUUUGAUUUGUUGGUAAUUAAUAGGUUAAGGUCCUUGAGAGGGUACAGGUGUUCCCUCGAUGUAGGGUGGUGAAGAAUUGAUCCCCAUUCCAGGGUUCAGGAAGAUGAGCUACAAAAUCGCUGUUUUCUUCCAGUUUCCUUGAAAGAGUCACCGAAGAGCGAAACUUAUAAUGCUUGUGGCGUGUACAUUCAGUGUGCAUAAUCAAAUAAUGUAACUGAUUCAAUGUCGUUUAUGUGCUCUUUAAGCGUACACUUUGUAUGAUUUGUAUUUUCCAACAGUCGCUACUUGGCGCCUGUGUUAGCUCUUUGAGAAGCUUGUGUUAAUAGCUGCUAGCAAUAGUUGCAAAUUUCGGGUACAGAAUAACGUAUUGAUUGAAUUUACAAUUUUAACAGCAUUUUUCA